AUGAAACAACAUACUAAAUGUAAAGAAACAAAAUUGUACAAGAUUUUUUUGACAAAUUCAGAGACCUAUUAAUAGAAAAAAAAAACACCAAAAAACAAAAAAACGUCGUGGCAGAGUGUCAAUUACAAAGGUUGAUAAGCUGUGUUCCGACUUCCGUUCUACUCCCUGAAUAUGAAGAUGGUACGUUCCAACCGCCGCAAGGUGAUCGAAGAGGUAUAUGGCUCCAAGCUGGAUGUUACACAUCCGGUCAAGUCGCAGGCGCUGCCCUUAGUAGGCACUGCGGGUGGGGGCGGCGCAGGUGCCACUGGAUUGGCUCACUUGAGUCCGCCGGACACUCGCAUUCAGCGCAGCUUUAUGACCGACAACGACUCCUACAUUCAGUCGAACAUGCACCUGACGGCGAAAAACUUACGCAAUAACUCGAAUAUCUUGAAGCACUCCCAGCCAUCGCCAUACAGCAAUAUGAAUACGCAACGCAGCAACAUUGGCGGCAAGAUCAGCGGACGUCAGCCCCAACAGCAUAAGGUCGCACAUUUGACGCUGCCAAAGGGUAAGGUUAACAACAGUGUCUAUGGCUUGGCUCCCAAGCCCAAAGGGCAUCCGCAUCAGCAACGCAACGGCUGCGCACUCAGCAAGUCUGUCACACAGCGCAGCAACUAUGGCGCCAUAGAAGUCAACAACAACAACAACAACGCUGACACGGAGCUCUCCGACAAGGAGCUGACACACCAGAGCGGCACGAGCGGUUCGAUCAACAAACGUCGCUCGCAUCAGCACACACACCGGAUGCGUAUGGAGAUGCCAAUACAAAUGGCUGUGAUGCCGCAUCCACCACAGCACCAGUUGCAUCAGCAACAGCUGACCCAUAACAGUAACAGCAAUCACCAGCAUCAGAAUAUAGCACAUACACAUGGAAACACACACACGCCCCAGCAUCCUCAUCAAAAACACACAUGUCCACGCCAGUCACAGUCGUCCAGCCAGCCCCAGGUGAGUGCCGCCGAUGAUGAGGAUAAGGACGAUGAUCCCGAGGAGUUUUUCGAACUGAUACGUCAAACAGUACAAACAGCCAUAGGGAACACCAUCAAUGAUACGCUGUUCAAGAGCUUUCGUGAUCUUGGAACCAAGAUCGAACGCUUUUCCGGGGAGCUUAAGCAAACAAAUGACAAUUUUGAGAAGCUGCAGGAGACGGUUACCGGAAAGCUCGUUCACUACGGCGAGGAGAGCUCGCGCCACUUCCGGUAUCUGUGCAUGAAAUCUGAGUACGAUAAAAUGUUCUUCCAGCACCAGGCGAUGCUGAGCAAUCAGACCGCGGACUCGAGCAAUACAUCGCAGCAAAAUGUGGCUACCAUUGGUGUUGUACCGUCGCUUGGGGGCACUGUUCGUCCCAUGUCCAACCAGAAGUUCAUUAGCAAAGCGCCCAAACAUACCCAAACUGCCCACGACCGCGGCAAGCUGCCCACAGGCAAUGGUAAUACCAACAAAGUGCAGAAUCCUUGUGCAUACCGCACCACUUCGAAAGCGCCUCACCAGCAGCAGACCCCUCCUGAGCCUCACAAGUCAUCGGAUCAGAUCGUCGGUCAAUCCUUGCACUUGGGAGUGGCUGAAGUGUUGGGGCACAUACAACGCAUCUGCACACAGAUGCAGCAAAAUGAUAUGGAGGCGAGCUUGGUCGCCAAGGCCGAAUCGAAUGCCGCUCUGGGUAUUGGUGGGGCCAAGCACAAGGCUGUAGCUGCGGAUGCGGACAAGAAUGAGGGAAAGCUACUGGGGGACAGUAUGGAUGAGGCCUACUCCGAAACGGAAGACUUUGCCAUGUACUCUGAUGAAUCGUCCUCAUGCAGCGGCGAUGACGACUGUGGCCUGAAAUACCCUAGUGCAGCUGUCACCUCUCGUGCACCGGCGCCAGUCAACCCGUUCCGCAGGCAGUCCCACGAUGGAGCCGGGGAUGGGCAAUAGCUCCUCCAUGUACAAUAAGAAAUCUCCAACCUGAUCAGACAAACAAUAUAAAAAAUAUUCUUUGGGUUUCGUCUUAAAUGUUUCCACCAAAUUAACGAGAAAUUAACGUGU